UUUUGAUUUGACACUUGCCAUUUGAGAAGUGAUCAUGUUUUGUGAUUUUAACAAUUAAACAAGUUAUUGGUGCGAUCUUUGUUGUUCUUUUCUACGAUUCAUUGUAAAAGUACUUUCCCUAAACAACCGUACACUAGAGUAUACCAUAAUUGUUAUUAUAAUGCAUAUGAAGGUGUGACCUAUUAUUUCACCUACUCAACCUGAGAUUUAAGUAAAUCAAAUAAUUUACACACGGUUCAUUGACUAUGCAUUAUUUUCCAACAAUUAACGGUGCAAACUAAAGUCGCAUUCAACGAUAUGAUAAUAGAACACAGCAAUGGACAUAAUGUAACUGUGCAGUGCAGAUAGAUAUGAUAUUAGUUAUUCAUAUCUCAGUUAUUGUAAUUCUAGUGAUGUCUUUGAUAUUCUGUUUGUGUUGGAAAAAGAAAACACCCAAAAAUGAUUGGCUAGGGCUUGAUGGCAUGGUAACGCAAAAAAAUCCGGAUGAAAAUGUUAAUCACUUGCCUUCCGCUGCACCAUGUGUUGUUGAUGGUCUCAAUGCUAGUGGCGAGACCUUAGAUUCCAAUACACGGGGUACUAUAACAAACACUAGAAGGAGCCUUCCAGAUAUUCCCUCAGAUCAAAAUGCCGUACAUUGGGAACCUAAUGGUGAUAACUCUUCUGAGCAUUAUGCCACUGUUGGCCAGUACCAAAAUAAUGCAAAGAGAAGUCUCCUUUCAAAUGGAGAUGCACGGCCUAGUAUUUCUCAGCACAGUUCUAUGAGCCAAGCAGAUGACUUUUCACCAUAUGAAAGGGUAAAAUAUGAUAAGAUCAAAAACAAGGAACACCCUUAUGCACAAGUGCAACCGAACACCAGCAGAUUGACUCUUCAAGAGGAAAAUCAAAUUGGAUCUGAAGAGAGACUGAGCUUAAUUAGAGUUGAUGGACCGAGUACAUCGAACGAACCAACCGCUCCGCCGAGGUCCAGACGAUCUUCGGCUCACAGCGGCCUUGGUGUGGAUAUUCCCGCUGCUUCAGCGGUCGCUGGCGGAAUAGCCGCCAGUCCCGAUUUGCCUUACAUGACUCCGCCCGUUACCCAGGUCAAUUUUAGCGGAGACUCGCAAGACUCAUCCAAGGGAUACACAAGUAUUAGUGUCAGGGAACCUCUGGCCAACAUAAUGGCACAAACCAAGGAGAUGCGAAAAAAGCAACGCGAGCAAGACCCUCAUUACGCGACGGUAUCUGAUGACUCCGAUGAAGUUUACACAACCAUUCCCGACCCCAAUAACCAAAUCUAUACGAGCGAGAGCGAAACGUACGCUAGGAUACCAGCACUUCCGGUCACAACGGAAGUGGAAAUCAAUCAGGCUCCGACUAAGGACCGAGGCGAAGAGGCGGAGAAGAAUGAUGAACUGUACGAGCCGGCUCCCCAACCCACACCUCCGAGUGUGGAUAGUUUGAAGCAGGUUACGGGACAUUCCUACACUCAUUCUAGACAAGCUUCGUCUUCCAGUUCGGUAGCCAACAUUGGCUCUCCGAAGCCAGAAAAACGUCAAGCCAAUUCGCCCCUUCCACCACCACCGAUUGUUUCCAAUUUUGAUCCGACCAUCGAUAAAUUACCGCGAAACCUAGACGACCUCUAUGCUAAAGUACAAAAAUCCAAAAAGGAUGACACAACCUCAGACAGAACACCAGAGAAAGCCGCCCCCGAUUUGAGCACCAGAAACUCAAUCGGCAUAGUGGAGGAAGGAAAACUGGAGCGACGUCGAAAGGAGCACAAUUACGAAACGCUAAAGAAAUCUCCCAGGAAAAUUAGCGACCCAGGAUACGAGAAGAUCAGGAACGAAGAGCCUGGUUACGCAAGUAUUAAUGGACCAGAAAGUAUUACCAGCAGCGACCCAGGGUACGAGGUGUUAAAGAACAGGACGGUCAGUGAAUCGGAUCCUAACUACGAAGAGCUGCGACAUAAAAUUUCAAAUGCCAGCGACUGCGCCGGUUACUCGAGAAUCAAAGAGAAACCCGACGCAAUAGACGGUUACUCCGUCGUGAACAAACGUCCAAAAAAUAGUUCAAAUAAUAGUCUGCAGAACCGAAACGAUCAACACGACUAUGAAUCAAUGCCUAAUCAAAUGAAUUCCGAUCCAGAUUAUUCAACUUACAGGUCCAACGAUAGUGAGUCUGAUCCAAACUACGAAUCAGUAAAUCAGAACGAUCCGAACUAUGAAAGUGUCAAAGACUUUGAGCCGCCCUACGAAAGACUGGACGAUGACUCUAGUCGGACUGAUUCUGACGUGUUAGCCUAUGAAAAAAUAAAGAAGAAAGGAUUUGACAACAACGAUACCUCAGAAAGUUCCAACAGUGGAGGCAAGUCUUUGUCUGAUCCUCCGUAUGAGCAACUGGGCAAUGACACUGACUCGGAAGUGCCUGGUUAUGAGAAAAUUCAAAAUCACGGCUCAGGAGAUGGAGCUUCGAAUUCGAGUGCGAACGAGUCCAACUAUUCGACGAUUAAAAGUUUGAAGGAAGACAAGAGUAGUGAUAAUAUUCAUGAUGAGGAUGCAAUAUUUCAAGUUUAAUAAUUUACAUCAGUAUUGUGCCUCUUGUGAUGGUGCUAAAUUUUUUCCAUUUUUUGAGGAUAAUUAUAUAUUUAGUGAUAAAUUUUUAUAUAUUUCCAUAAAUGUAUUUAAAAGUAUCUUUGCUUCUACUUAUGGAUAAUAGAAACGAAAAUAAAUUAUUAUUAGUACAGAUUUAAACUUUUAUAAUCUCUAUGUAUAAUCUUUCAUACAUAAUCUCUAAUUAGUAUUCAUUUGCAAUAUAUUUUAUUUAUUUGUGCCAAACCAUUUAUUUAUGUUAAUAUGGCUGCUUUUCCAUCAUGUACCAAAUUACAAAUAUAAAUUUGUUGCAUAAUUAUAGAGUAAUAUAUUAAAAUGUUUUUUUUAUUUGUAUAUUGACUUAUAUUUAUUGUGU